GUUCGCUCACGAUUCGCAAACCGGCUCCUUCGGUCCCGGAUGCAUCAGCAGUCGUCGCAGGCAGGUCCGGUACCCGGCGAGGUUUAUGUCCGUCGGUUGUGCCGGGGCGGGAAGAUCGCGCUGCGGCACGCGGGGAGUCGGUAAAUCACGGACGUACUCCAGGCCGUCCCUCUCCUCGCGAAGACGACAAGCCGCUAGAGAAUAAACCAGAAACAGCCUCAGCGGAAAAUUCCGUGAAGGCGCGAGCACCUGUACUUCAACCGCCGAAUACAGCAGAGAGUUCUUCCCUAGCCAGCCGUAGAAGAAGUAUUCCGCAAGAUCUUGCAGAGAGUUCUGCUGCGAAACCACCUCUUGCAGCGGGGGCACCACCUACAGCAAAUCAAGCCAGCGUUGUUCGUGUAAAAAACGGUGCUACCAGUGCGACGAACCACGAAGGGGCCGUCGGGCAGAACGCGAUGCUGGGUUUGCACUCCGACGAGCCGCAGCGUGAUCAUUCGGUGGAGGAUGCAGCGGAUGAUAUCGUAGGAGUAGGUACUGAAGGUGAUCUGCAGGGUGCUGCUCCAGAGCUGGAGGAACCUAGUCAGCGGAAACCCGCUUGUUCUCAGCUCGUGGCACCAGUCCUGCACGACACAGGUGGACCAGGACUUCAAAUGUCCGAGCGAGGAAAAGGAAAUGAGCAAAAGUCUGUGAUGAAUGUCGCGACACGGCAAAGUAUGAGGAUCCCAGUCUUGUGUAACCGCGAAGGGGCGGCCAUGCUACGUGAGCAACCAAAGACCUCCGACGUUAGCAGCAAGGUCACGACUACUAGCGCGGCUAAUCUAGAAACACCUGGACUAGCCGCGGCAGGGAUGAGCGACCCAAUCGCAAUCGCUUCUGCGAAGCCCGCGGAGUUGAGACAAGGAUCGACGCCAGGAGGUGAAGUCUCUUUGGUUGUUACCGGCAGCAAGGGUACUGGCAAAGGAAACUUGGUUAGUAGAAACUUGUUGGGCGGGGCAAGCGCCUGCACGAGUGAUGCGAAAGGAGGUGGAAAGAAAAGUUCCAUUGUCGCGGCCCGGCAAGCAGCAGCGGCUUCCGCCAUUGCAGCGAAGAUGAAUCCUGGCGCAAAGGGGCCACAAUUCCCUCCUGGAAAAGAAGUAGGGAAAGCGGGACUGAACAAAAAUUCUGUGCCGCAAGAGUCGCGGGAUAAUCGUCGCCAGCUGUUCGAGGCAGAUGGAGUCGGGAAUGCAGACCCGGCUGCAGCAUCAGCCAGUGUUAAUAGGCCCGGUCCGGUGGAUGGCGGG